GAGGCGAAGCCGGCCAGCGCAAUGGCAGCGUCCCAGAAUGUAGGCUCCGCCUCUCGGCGGACAGGCCGCUAGGCACGGGAAGGAGCGGCAGGGCUUCGAGAUGCGCUGCCUGACUACACCCACGCUGCUCCGGGCCCUGGCCCAGGCCGCAUGUGCAGGGCAUCCUGGUGGCCGGAGCCUCCACAGCAGCGCGGUGGCAGCCACCUACAAGUACGUGAACCUGCGGGAACCCUCAAUGGACAUGAAGUCCGUGACUGACCGGGCGGCUCAGACCCUGCUGUGGACUGAGCUCAUCCGAGGCCUGGGCAUGACUCUGAGCUACCUGUUCCGGGAGCCGGCCACCAUCAACUACCCAUUUGAGAAGGGCCCGCUGAGCCCCCGCUUCCGAGGGGAGCAUGCACUGCGCCGCUACCCAUCUGGGGAGGAGCGUUGCAUUGCCUGCAAGCUUUGUGAGGCUGUCUGCCCCGCCCAGGCCAUCACCAUCGAGGCCGAGCCGAGGGCGGACGGCAGCCGCCGGACCACGCGCUAUGACAUCGAUAUGACCAAGUGCAUCUACUGCGGCUUCUGCCAGGAGGCCUGCCCCGUGGACGCCAUCGUGGAGGGCCCCAAUUUCGAGUUCUCCACGGAGACGCACGAGGAGCUUCUGUACAACAAGGAGAAGCUGCUGAACAACGGGGACAAGUGGGAGGCCGAGAUCGCCGCCAACAUCCAGGCCGACUACCUCUACCGGUGAUGUCCCCGGCCGGCCGGCCGCCUGCAGCCCUGCUGCGCAAUAAAAAGCUCUGACCCCU